GAGAGUGAGUGGACUAUUUGGAUAUCGCUGUGUAUUCUGGGUACAGACAGUAAUUCCACGAUGGCGGCGAGCAGGAGGCUGCACAAGGAACUUGAUGAAAUCCGCAAGUCUGGAAUGAAAAAUUUCCGUAACAUUCAAGUGGAUGAAACAAAUAUUUUGACUUGGCAAGGCCUCAUUGUUCCAGACAACCCUCCAUACGAUAAAGGUGCGUUCAGGAUCGAGAUAAUCUUCCCUGCGGAGUACCCCUUCAAGCCCCCCAAGAUCACGUUCAAGACGAAGAUCUACCACCCCAACAUCGACGAGAAGGGACAGGUGUGUCUGCCUGUGAUCAGCGCAGAGAAUUGGAAACCAGCCACUAAAACUGACCAAGUGAUCCAGUCCCUGAUCGCGCUGGUCAACGACCCCCAGCCAGAGCAUCCUCUCAGGGCAGACCUAGCAGAGGAAUACUCUAAGGACCGUAAAAAAUUCUUUAAGAACGCAGAAGAGUUUACAAAGAAACAUGGAGAAAAACGACCUAUGGACUGAGAACGCAAACGUGUGACUCCCUCUUCCCUUUCCUCCCUCCCCCCGGGAUCCUCUCUCAACUCCUCCCUCUCUCCCCCCUUCCAAGACCACCUAUACCCCCUCUGUUCUUACCCCAUCUCCUGAAAAUGGCCCCCACACACGUACACACAUCCUUCUAGCCCCCCCCCUCCUCCUGGGGCGGUAUAUCUCGGCUCCACUUUGCCCUGGCAACAGGACUUUGUCGUGAAUCAGGCUCGUCGGUCACCUCUGGGUGUUAGCUUGUGGCUGUUACUAACUUUCUACUGAUUUCUUAAAUUAAAUUAUAAAAGUGCCGGAUUUGGGCCAGAGAGAGCAACCUGUAACAGGGAGAGGAAACAAAUAUGUGGGUAAAAUGUUGUUCUGCUCAUGAUUUGUUCACAGAAGUGUAUUGAUUGCUGGAGCAGACCUGUAUAAAGAUUGUAGACUGUUUUGAAAGCUAUUUGCUAAAUGCUCAACUUGUGGUCUGUUUGCUAACCCUUUUCCUCUCACUCCUUCCCCUCACUAAAAUAUGUAACAUAAAAAAACAACCCCAAAAGCAACUAAAUGAUAAACAUUUAAAGCAUCCAGGUUCAGGUGUGUGACAAAAUGUUUAUUUUAUAUUUCUUUUUAUUGUUUUGCUGAAGUUGCACUUUGCUCUGUGGAACUAGUUUUUAAGUUCACCAUAAAACGUCAGUUUGUCACCAAUACGAUGUUCCAGAUGUUAUAAAAAGGAGAAGAAAGAUGUG